GGCUGUUGGGAACAAAUCACACUAAAACGCUGGAACAGAUGGCAGCUGAAAAGCCCCCCAGUAUGCCAAGUGGCAACGAUGACCUGGCGUUACGGCUGCUGCGGACCAAUACGUGGAGCUGCUAUUAUGGGCUGCCCCUGUGGGAAUUCAGUCUUGCCAAACUCAAGGCGAUAAUGCAAGGCUUGUUGUCAGACCUUCCAGACAGCAAAGGGCGCAAGCCACGUCUUCUGUUACGGCCGUGCAACGUGCUCGGUGGCCAUGAGAGGCAGGGCGAGGAGGCAGUCUUCUGCGUGGCAAGUGCGGGCGCCCGGAAGCCUCACACUGCAGGGCUGGUGCACAGCGGGGAGAAGAUCUCGCUGGUGUUCCUAGCGGGGUCAGUGAAUGCACGAAGUCUCAUGGCCUAUGAGCUGGGAAACAGCUUUGGAGUCGCCCUACGUGCUCUACAGCUGGCCCCAUGGCACCUGUCCAUGGUCGCAGUGUGGGGCCUCUCCUUCCUCGAGCCUGAGGACCCCUCAAUGUGCUGCCUGGAACUGAACAUGGACGGCGUCACUAUGGGCUUCAGUGCGGAAGUGCUUGGCCAGCUGUCGCCACCCUCAAGGAGCGUCACGGUGGAGGACGGGACGAAUUUCCUGCUCGCCCUCUGCAAGCACUUGUCGAAGCACGUGCUGCCCCAUCGCUACGAGGAGUUUCCCCUGCGCAGCGUGUGCUUCCUCAACCUGUUUUUGUUGGACCACGAGGGGACAAUGCAGGUGCACAAGACCACGGUGGUGACCGGGCUCUUUAAGUACCUCCUGUCCAUCGCAGAACGAGCAGUCUUGGGCGACCCACUCCCCGACCUCAAGGAAGAGUGAUGGUGAUGGAGCACCUCGUCGAGACAGGAGAGAGCGUGGGUGUAUAAAGUUUGCAGUAUGAGAGUUCUUUGUGAAUGGGGAGGGGGGGCAGGCAAUUGGUGCAUAUAGACUGCAACUGGGACUGGCUAGCACAAAAGCACCAGCACGGUUUUAAUCUGCUUCUUUUCCCUUCUGCGUGUGUCCGUUUGCUUGCUGCCAUUGUGUCCGCCAUCUUCCAACAGGCCCAGCCAACGAUUUUACCAGACUUCCGGUCACUCAAUCUGCCAUGAAACAAUGCCAUUGCAUGAAUUUGGCAGUACGUGACAUGCAAUAAGUGUGUUUAAUCGGCCUUUGGUACAUGCUCAGCUUUAAAGGAGUGCACAAGAAACUUUGUGGAAACACGUAAAUGCGCAAGCAUGUAUUGUUGCCUGGCAUGUCUGUUUCACUGACUACUCCCACAAUUGCAGAACUGCGUUGUUGACGGUUCUGCAAGUAGCCAAUAGGACAAUGCCCAGGAAUAUUUAAAUGACAAACGAAAAGAUAUAAACAGCACUUACACCGGUGUCAAACACCACCGUGCCAGUUCUCAAAAGGUAAUACCGUCAUGGCUUCAACAUCUUGGACGAAAAGCUGACUUCCUCAGCUAAAAAUAAUAUUCAUGGCAGAGCUCCAGCCCCGCCAGGCUGCGGCUCUCUUGGCUGUCUUCCGUUUUUCAUCUCGCAGGCAUUCAGAACUUCCAGUUCAGUCCGACAUCCUUCCUUCAUUGUCGUGAAGUCACCAAGCAACCCAAAUGGGGUGCCAUGCUUUUUGGUAUUCCAAAUGUCAUCCUUGCAAUUAUCAUCGAAGAUGCAUGCACUUCUGGCAUUGGCAGUGAGCUGUGGCAUUUGCAUCAGCUCUUUCACAGCUUGAUGUGAUGUUCUAUAGUAUGCAAGACCUACGUGGUGUCCUUGUGGGAAGGAACGGAAGAGCCUUUUAGGUGUUCAUAAGGGUUUCCUUGGGAGUUUUUAAAGAUGCAUUUUCCACCGUUUCGCUUUUACGAGGUGUGUGUAUUACAAGGCAACAGAAUAUUGAACUUACUUCUGCCAUCUUGCAUGCCUAUUCUUUUAUGUCAUCAUCAUCAAACCUUUACACCUCCCCCCCCACCCCUUCUCCAUGCAGAGUUGCAGGCUAGAGCAGCCUAGCUGAAGCCAACCUCUGUGCCAUCUUUCAAAUAAAUCCUCCCUCUCGCUGCACAUAAUGUAUUCUUGUUACCUGGACUUGUUUGCUCAUGUGGUGUCAUUCUCACAAUCAUUGUACUCUUGGCGCUUAUGUGUUCUACCACCGAAGCCAAAAAUUUAUGUGGCAUGGGCUUUGCAAAGAAAAUUUUGUGGCCAACUCCACUGGUCUCGCAUAGAACAGUAGUCUGCUCCUCCAAAUUGCUAACUGUGCCCUUAGGACUGGCAAACGUUAAAACUUUUUUGUCAGAUUGUGCAUUUUUUGCAACUUUCAGUGCCAGUUACACAUGCGCACAGCCCCUUACAUCCUGUCUCUUGAUCUCAUUCGAAAGACCUGUUGUACUGUAGUAUAGCAAUUCUAGUCAUACCAUAAUUCUCUAUUUAACUGAAUCAUGUCAUUCAUGUUUUAGUAUGAAUCCAAGCUAUUUUUAUGUAUUGACUUGUCACUGUUUUGCACACAAAUAAAAUUGCUUUUUAAUUGUUGUA